AGACUGAAACAGUGUUUUUUUUAUCCCUUUAACUUGCUGAAAAAGUAGUCUCUCUUGCGUCAACAUAAUAAAGAGUGUGUUUUCUAUGUGCAACUAUGUGUGUUUGCUGUGUGUAAUUAAUAAUAGAUGAGUAUUUCAAACGAAUUCGUUUCAUAAAAAGUGUUGGGGCUUGAUCAACAUAUGUUUCGAGGAGCACGGAAGUAUGGCGUACUCUUUGACGAUACUGAUGCUUUCUCUGCUUUAUUUGUUCUGUGAAAGCGAAGGAUGCAAAACGAUCAUCUGGUUACCGCGCAUAAACAGCAGCGCGUUGAUGAAUCACGUGUUGCAUAACUUUACGAACAAGAGCCUGGACGCCUGUGAAGCUGCGUGUUAUAUGAGUGACAGCUGUCGAUCAUAUAACUUUAACCAGAAAUUGGAGCUUUGUCAGCUCAGCAACUCAGACCACAUGGAACAUCCUGGAGACAUGGGACCGAGGGAAGACUUCAUCUAUCAUGGAACAAAGAAUACGUGCGCCCUUAGACCAUGUCGUGCGAAUCAAAUCUGUCGAGCUGACAACGUUUGUGUCUGUCCUGCUGACCAGCCAAAAUGCGGAUUAAAGACAGAGGUCAUUUGUGAGGAAGGUCUUGCGCAGUUGUCGUGCCCGGCGGGUUCUGUCAUAUACAUUGAGUGGGCGCACUACGGUAGAUCAUCAAUAGGGCACCCAUGCCCGCAUUCAGCUGACAAUCAGCUCUGCAUAAAGAGAGAAAAUAUCCCUAUGACACUUGAAAAAGUCCGUCAAUUCUGCCAGGGAAAGAUCUCAUGCAGUUUUAAAGUUAUUUCAACGGCAGUGCUUGGCUUUGACCCUUGUCCUGGUAUUUACAAGUACCUUGAGCUACGCUAUUUUUGCAUGUAGACCAGCCUUUGCUCACGUGUCUUUAUUAUUCAAACUAACCGAGCGCAUACAAGUAGUAGAGAAUGGUUUGUUUAUUAAGAGAUCUUAUGAAUUAGUUCCGUUUUUAAAUCUACUAAAUCAAGCUGUAGUAACCUGCUGCACUACACUAACCUGAACCGAAGGGCAUACCUCGCGUAGGUUAAAGUAAUGUUUUUACAAAGACAAAUGUGUGAAAGGCUCAUAAUUUAUCAGGAAUAUCGUGGACAAGCUCACGCAACUAUUUUCAUUCGAAUGUGGUUAGGCUUCUGGUCCUAGGUUUCGAAAAUACGACGAUAAACAUUUAUUUUCAAUGACCAAUUUUAUAUUUUGUCAAUCGUAUAUGGCUGUUUCGUUGAUGGUCUGGAUUUUAAAAAGAGAUACUUCCCCUCAAUAUCGCGUACAUUUUCGUGACUGCAUUAUAAGUUCGAUGUUACUGCCAGUAUCUACUAUCUCAUUGUAUUAAGAUUUAUAUUGUGUUACAAAGGUAAACAGCAGUAAUAAACGAGAUAAAACUUAACACUAAGGCCAAAAAUGCACACCUAGCCCACAGUAUAUCCAUCCAUGCGAGCGGAAUUCACCGGACUUUAUUCGUGCUCAACAUUUAGACGAAGUUGUUUUUUGUAUAUUUUUACGUUUAAUUGCGUUUUUACACCAUUAUUAUAUCAAAAAUGAUAACUUGUUAGAAUUACGAA